ACACAAGCGGGCGGAUUAUAAAUGGGGACCCAUGAUGCUUGUGGAAUUGGAACCCGGAUUUUGUUUCUCUUACACUAAUCAUGUGCGGUACAGACCCUGCAGCUAUUGGCGGGUAUCCACUCCCCUUGCUACCUACACUGUCAUGCGAUAUCUAUGCCAUCGACUCAAGGGAGGCACUUCCUUGCCUGAUGUCCUCCAUGAAGAACGCUUUCAUAAGGGCACUUAACCAUGUCUACGCGAUUUCGAUUCGGUUCCCAUCCAGCGAUCAAAGAAUUUUAUAUUUUCUGCAGUACGUGAAAUCCGUCGUUGACCUUUUGCAGGUCCAUUUAGAAGGCGACCGUCUAUUCUACACCACCUGUUCCGAUGGACGGCCCCUCACAGAAGCUCUGCGCCCAGAUUGCUAUCCCAACUUCAGUGGAGCUACCGAGGCCCUCACAACCCUCGCUGGUGUUCUUGCUGAGUGGAUCAAAGCUCCUGACACAUACUCAGCAAGUGUUCUACAGGAGCAUUUACAAUUCGGCUUCUCCAUGGUGUCUCGCAUGCAAGCCCAGGUCGGUCCGUCUUACGUUGAUCGUUACAACUUUAAGAGUGGCUGCAGGUGAAAUAUCUGACUUUCGAGUGUACAUCUGUCACCAUUUCGGACGAUGAUCUUCACCGAAUGAUACAAGCUAACAUCGAAUGGUUCGCCUCGCACUCGGACAUGACAUUCCUCCUUCCAUUCGUCAUAUCCCAUCAUGAUCCUAACACGUCCUACUGGCCACCUGUCCAAGAGCAAGGGAUGCAAGCGCUCCCAGUUCUUCUGAAAGCACACGAAGAGCGAGUUUCCUUCGCCCCUUUUGACCCGUUGACCAGGCUCCCGGUAGUUAUUCACUGAAG